AUGCCCCGCCCCCAGCACCACCGGCCGCCGCCCGCCCGCCCCACUGCUGCACAGCCGCGAGCUCCGAGACUCCGCGCCUCCACCAGUCGUCCAGUCCGCCGGCGGCCGUCCGCCCGUCCCCGGUCCAGUCCCCGUGCGCCGCCCUGGUGGCCUGUUGACUACUUGACUGUACAACUAGCUUCAUGCUUUUCUUCCGAAAGAGCAAGUUGCGAUGUUCAAGAAGAAUACCAAGGAACUGAGCUCAAGAAGACGGUGGAUUGUGUGUUUGGUGCCCCUGUGCUGAUAAGAAAGUGUUGUCUAGGAGGCAAAAAUAAGCUCGAAUUGCGCUGUUGUGGCAUACUUGCAGGGAGAUUGAACAUGGGUAUCAACAUCUUUCUGCUGAGAUUGACCAUUGUGGGCUUGUGCGGCUUAUGCCAUUCAGAGAUUGUGCAAUAUUCAGUUGCCUUGCUUCUCUGCACACUGCACUGUAAGCAUAUCCGUGCAUUAAUCCCUAUCUAACCGAACAAGUUUUGGAGGAAGGGAAUUAGAGAAAUUAAACCCCACAGGGAUUGAGUGAUAGCAAGGGGUUCCACUCAACCCCUGUCUGGAUUAAUCCAUGUCUGGAAAAAUUCCUCUCCAACCGAACAUAGCCUUAAAGAUCAAAACAAUGCGGCAUUUGUUUCUCUUGCGUAGCUGGGCCAGGUUGGGUGGAAGUAUUUCACCGUAAUAUGGAUGAAUUGUAGAAUUCGUGUAAAAUAUAUGUGUAUUGACUAUUGAGGGUUUGUUUGA